AUGGGUAGCUUUGAUUAUGACUGGGACAAAAUAUAGUAAUACACAGAAUUCAUUCAAGAGUAUAUUGUAUGUUGCGGAUUAUACGUAUCUCAAGGAAACGCGAAUAUUAACCCCCUCUUCUUCCCUUUAACAUAUUAGGAACGUCGAGAAUCUUCUUGUUGA